UAUCUGAAUCAGAACCAGGAAGCAGAGUGUCUGUCUUCUAUUGCUGUGGCCAGAUGGAUCAGACCAAGCUUGAAAGGCUGGCGUUGGGAGUGGCUAGAGAUUAUGUGUGGAUUGAAGGGAUUUCUUUCCCCACAACUAUCACUGGAGACCUCAAAUCUUUGCGGGAUGAGUUUGUGGCAAAGGAUGAGGAUGUCAUCGUAAUCUCUUACCCGAAGUCAGGAACCAACUGGAUAAAGGAGAUUAUCAAUCUGGUCCGCACCAGGGGAGAUCCCAGCUGGGUGCAGUCUGUGGUCAGCUGGGAACGUUCACCGUGGCUAGAAACCUCUUUUGGGCUUGAACUUAUCAAGAAGCAGAAAGACGCACGCUUCUACAUCUCCCACCUCCCCAUGCAAUUCUUCCCCAAGACAUUCUUCAAGUCCAAGGCCAAGUGUGUCUACAUUGUGAGAAACCCCAGAGAUAUUCUUGUUUCCGGUUAUCAUUUCUGGAAAGCGGUGAAGGCCACCAAAAAUCCAGACUCAUUUGAAGGAUAUUUUGAAUGGUUCCUUCAAGGAAAUGUGCCAUUCGGCUCAUGGUUUGACCAUGUUGGUGGCUGGCUUCAGAUGAGAGGAAAAGAGAAUUUCCUAUUAAUAUCAUAUGAGGAGCUGCAUCAGGACAUCCGAGCCAGUGUGGAGAAGAUCAGCCAGUUCUUGGGCACCAAGCUAAGCCCAGAACAACUGGACUCCGUCCUCAAGAACGUGACCUUCCAGGCCAUGAAAGACAAUAACAUGAGCAAUUUCUCUCUACUCCCUGAUACCGUUAUGGAUCACAGCAAAGCCUGUCUUAUGAGAAAAGGAAUGGUUGGGGACUGGGAAAAUCACUUCACGGUGGCCCAGAGCGAAGCCUUCGAUAAAGUUUACCAAGAGAAGAUGGCCGGGCUCCCCCCAGGCCUCUUCCCGUGGGAGUAACGGCCGCACGCGUCUGCAUCGGGUGCAAAGGCUGAAUUUCCUGAGGCUCUUGUGAGCCCAACGAAGCAAACUCUACAUGAUGAUCGAUAUUCAGGGAAUAGGUGGGUCCAGAUAGAACCCCAAGAGAUGUGAUUUCUAGAACCCCAAUACUGGCAGGUGCUCACCCCUUGCCUUAACCCAACCAGGCCUACAAUCCACUCCACGCUUAAUUGACACUAGCCAUGUUCCUCUUCUGAAGCCAUGCCAGCUUCCAAAAGUGUUGUCAUAUUUCAAACAUACAGAAUAAACAAACGGUAUUUUAAAAACGAAUGGCAAUUCUAUCCACGUUAAAAAAUAAAAUUUAGCCGAAACCUGUUUGGCUCAGUGGAUAGAGCGUCGGUCUACGGA